AUGGCGCUCUUAACAGUACAAAUAUUCUUAAAAUUUAAUCGUUUCCCGCAAAAGAUUUCGCCUAGAAAGUUUUCCACUUCAAACUUUACCACUUCGCCAAGCCAGGCCGCGUUUAACAAAGCUCUUUCAUACUUACAUUUUUAUAUCAGGAAUGGAACGUCACGCUCGGUUUCAGCGGCGGCUCUCGUCCGCCCGACCGCGAACGGAACGCACAGAUCGGUAAUAGGUGCCGCCGUGCUGCCACCUACCGGCAUUCGCGUCACGUCCGCAUUCCUAAUAUUUCAUCGUUUUCUAUGGGCCCGAAAAAAUGUCAUCGAAUACGCAUUUUCGUGUAAUCCUCGUAAGGCCGGAGCGAGACUCCCCCUCGCUGUCACGCCGAAGCUAUGCGGCGUGUCAUGA